CGCCCCCUUGAUAUAAUAUAUUAAAGUGCUGCAGAACACUGAGCUCUGAUCUGCUAGAAUACUCUGCUAAAGAACCAGAUCAAGAUGACUCAGAGUUGAAUGUUGGUAAACUGAAAAUGGAUUUAUCUUUAUCCGAUAUUCCUGAACAAGAGUCUGAUAUUCCUGAUCAUGAGUCUAAUAUUCCUGACCAAGAUUCUGAUAUUCCUGUUCAAGAUUCUGAUAUUCCUAACCAAGAUUCUGAUAUUCCUGAUCAAGAUUCUGAUAUUCCUAACCAAGAUUCUGAUAUUCCUGAUCAAGAGUCUAAUAUUCCUGACCAAGAUUCUGAUAUUCCUGUUCAAGAUUCUGAUAUUCCUGAUCAAGAUUCUGAUACAAGAAUUUUGACAGAAACCAUCAAUACUUCUGAUGAUAUGAGGAAUACAUCAGAACAUUGUGACAAUGUUUCUCCCAUUUCAGGGAUUCUUCAUUUUCUUUAUUUUAAACUAUCCGGAGAACCUGGCGUUGUCCUGGUGUAUAAUAUUACUCAAAGUUACUUCCGUCAUUUACUGGCGCUUGGUAUUAAAUCAUGAUUUUAGCUAAAAUGCCCGGUGUUCCCUGUAGAUAACAUUUUAACAAAAAUAAUUUGAGCCUAUGUUAUCCCCGGGAAGCCCACGGGUUCUCUCAAAAAAUUUUAGCUAAUAAGGUCCAGCCGUUUGGACAGCUAUAGCUAACAUGAGGCUAUGAGCAAAGAGCAAAGAGAGGAAAAUAAGAAAGCAUUUGAAGGGGAAGCAAUAAGGCAAACAUUCAGCAAACUGGGUUUAAAGAAAUGGAAACAGUUAAUAACAGAAAACCGGGUUUAAAGAAGUAGAAACAGUUAAUAACAUAAAACUGGGUUUAAAGAAUUGGAAACAGUUUAUAACAGAAAACCGGGUUUAAAGAAAUGGAAACAGUUAAGAACAGAAAACUGGGUUUAAAGAAGUGGAAAUAUUUAAUAACAGAAAACCGGGUUUAAAGAAGUGGAAACAGUGAAUAACAGAAAACUGGGUUUAAAGAAAUGGAAACAGUUAAUAACAGAAAACUGGGUUUAAAGAAAUGGAAACAGCAAAGUACAGAAAACUGGGUUUAAAGAAGUAGAAACAGUUAAUAACAUAAAACUGGGUUUAAAGAAGUGGAAACAGUUAAUAACAGAAAACUGGGUUUAAAGAAGUGGAAACAGUUAAUAACAAAAAACUGG